UCGCCCAGUAAGCAGCAGCGCACCCCGUUCAGCACCAUGGCCUCCGAGAACCUGACGCACGCCAUCGUGGGCCUGGGCAACCCGCUGCUCGACAUCUCGGCCGACGUGACGCCCGAGUUCCUCACCAAGUACGGCCUCAAGCUGGACAACGCCAUCCUGGCCGACGAGAGCCACGCGCCCAUGUUCGAGGAGCUCGUCAAGAGCAGCCCCGUGUACGUGGCCGGCGGCGCCACGCAGAACAGCAUCCGCGUGGCCCAGUGGAUGCUCAACAAGCACAACAAGUCGGCCACGAGCUUCUUCGGCUGCGUGGGCAAGGACGCGCACGGCGCCAAGCUCAAGGAGUGCGCCGAGGCCGACGGCGUCAACGUGUCGUACCUCGAGAACGCCGACAUCAAGACGGGCACGUGCGCCGUGUGCGUCGUCGAGUCGGAGCGCUCGCUGGUCGCCGACCUGUCGGCCGCCAACCACUUCCACCACGACCACCUGGCCAAGCCCGAGAGCCAGGAGAUCAUCAACAAGGGCCAGUACUACUACUCGGCCGGCUUCCACCUCACGGUCUCCCCCACGGCCGUCAUGACGCUGGCCGAGCACGUCAAGGCCAACAACAAGACCUUCCUCAUCAACCUCUCGGCCCCCUUCAUCGUCGAGUUCUUCAAGGAGCCCCUCAUGAACGCUAUCAAGUACGCCGACUUCGUCUUCGGCAACGAGAGCGAGGCCAAGACCUUCGGCAAGGUGCAGGGCUGGGGCGAGGACGUCCAGGAGAUCGCCCUCAAGACCGCGCAGCUUGAGAAGGCCAGCGGCGUGCGCUGCCGCACCGUCGUCUUCACGCAGGGCGCCGACUCCACGGUCGUCGUGCACCAGGGCAAGGUCACCACCUACGCCGUGCCCAAGAUGGAGGCCUCGGCCAUCGUCGACACCAACGGCGCCGGUGACGCCUUCGUGGGCGGCUUCAUCUCCCGCCUUGCCCUGGGCCUGCCCCUCGAGCAGUGCGUGAACGCCGGCCACUGGGCCGCGCAGGUCAUCCUGGCCCGCUCGGGCUGCACCUUCCCGGAGAACUGCGAGUUCCAGGACUAAACUACCUACCCUCUUCCGUAUCAGCGCGUCUUCCGUCCGGGUCAUCAAUGCCUGACUAGGAGUGACGCAGCUAGAAGCGACACUAUGUAGACCAAGAGCCCCGUUGCCAGCCGCCUAUUCGUGGCGGUGCGUGUGCCUCCACCAGCAACUUUCGUAGGCGAAGUGCCGCUCAAUGGCACCGACUGCAGCCAUCCUAUCUGCAGCGUUGAGUUGAGCUCGGCACUUUCCCUCGAAGGAAGAACCUCCUCCACAAAUAGACGAUUGCCUCGGCGCUGUUGCUUGC